AUGAACGUCAACAGAAAGUUUGAUCGUUUCAAACAAUGGGCUGGCGAGCGGAUGGGCGGGGAGGUCAAAACCAAUCAAUCCGACGACUUCAAAGCCAUGGAAACCGAGAUGAAUGUGCGCCAUGAUGGAAUUGAUCGAAUCCACAAAUCCACCACCGCCUACAUCAAAGCGGUCUCCAAACGCAGCGAGGGCGACGACAAAGAAAAGACCCUACCUAUUGCCCACCUGGGUACCAGCAUGGUCGGCCACGGAGAAGAUUUCGAUGCGAAUUCCGAAUACGGCCGUUCCCUGACCAUGCUUGGACGAGCAGAAGAACGUCUUGCCCGCGUCCAAGAGUCCUACAUCUCCCAGACGACCUCGGGCUGGCUUGAGUCCCUGGAGCGGUCCUCGACGCAGAUGAAAGACUACCAGACUGCUCGCAAGAAGCUGGAUGGCCGACGACUGGCCUACGACACCUCCCUCUCAAAAAUGCAGAAAGUGAAGAAGGAGGAUUUCCGAAUGGAGGAGGAACUUCGAACGCAGAAGGUCAAAUACGAGGAGGCCAACGAGGAGGUGCUCCGACGGAUGCAGGAUAUCAAGGAAUCGGAGCCCGAGAGCGUGUCCGAUUUGGAGGCAUUCUUGGAGGCCCAAUUAGACUAUCACGAGCGAUGCAGAGAGGUGCUCCUCCAGCUCAAGAAUGAAUGGCCGGGAAGAUCUCCGCAGGCCCCCACCCCCAACGGCCGUCGCAUUGGACGUGCUCGUUCCAACACUGCGCACUCGUUCCAGGACCGAUACGAACCGCUUCAAGAGGAGCAUCCUAACGGCGCGGAUCCGCGUCCGAUCAUCCGCUCGAGCCGAUCGCCUUCAUCUCAUUUUGUGGAGUCGAGAGAACCCUACGUGGCCGAGACGCCACCUCCGCCGCCUCAGCGACCCGUUCUGAACCGCAUCUCGACCUUCGAAGGGCCUUCACAGCUGCGGCAGGAUCAUGCAUCUGGCUCCCAUCAAUGGCCGGCGCGAACGGCUAGCGAGAAUAUGAUCGGUCGCCGGAACAGCAUCCAGACUCGACCUCCCCCCCGAGUGCCCACCGAUCCUUAUAUCGAUGCGUCCGGCGAGUUCCGCACCAGCAGCAACACGAGUCCUGAGAGGUCCUAUUACGGACGAUCCGAAUCGCCUGCCUCGUCUUACGGAGGGGUGUCACGAAGAGCCAGUUCGAAUGCCCUGAACGCUGCUGGCGGGCCCAAAAAGGGACCUCCCCCUCCUCCCCCUUCGCGGGCUAAGAAGCCGGCUCCUCCUCCGCCUCCCAUGAAGAAAUCCAUGCUGAGUGCUGGGGACAUCAAAAGAAAAGACACGACAUCUACCUGCUCCUACGCACGGGAGAAUACUCACCAAGCCCGCAUCGUCCGACGCGGCGAAUCCACCGAUGCAACUGCACCACACUUGCAGGUCAGAAGAGCAGAUCCUAGUCCAUUGCUCCGGGGAACCACGCUGACCCCUGCUCGUGAGGCAUUGGCGGACCCUCGUCCAGAUGUGCUCCGUCCGGUGCGUACCGUCGACGUCGUGCCUGGGACGCCGGAGUCCUGGAGCCCUUUCCCCGGGAGACAUUAUCGGGCUCUGCACAGGGAGGUAUCUAGGGCUACGGUAUCUGUCCAGAGCCCUCUAGGGUCCCCUUCUUCCAGCCCGUAUCAACCUGGUACCCCGGCAGUGACAGACUCCAUGACCGGGGUGGUCGGCGAGCCAUCAGGAAGCCACGAGUUCUUUGGCAGCAGCAGCGCCGGCUCGUUCAUGCGGCAGACGCAACGUGCCAUCGACUCCCGGCUGGGGGUGGGUCAGGACAAUACAGGGGUUGGCAUCGAUGGAGUCGCAUCUGCAGACGGCCUCAGCGUCAUACAGCGUCCGUUCUCGACCAGGCCCUCGAUGGAGUAUGUCCUUCCUCCGCGGAAAGUCGCAGACGAGCUGGCACACGCUUACUGGGAGCUCGUGUAUCCGCUGUAUCCCUUUCUCGACCGAAACUCCUUCCAGCGGUUCUAUGAAUCGAUGUGGAUGGGUUCUUCGGGGUCGGUCACGGAUGAGGGCGUCCUGCUCUGUACGAUGAAUGUCAUCUUUGCGCUGGGCACUCAGAGCUUGGGUCUGCAUCUCCCGGACUAUAACGCCCCUGGUCAAUCGCCGCGCGGAAAGGAAGUGGUUCGUCGGAUCUGGCACGGGUGUAUUCUCAUGGACCGCGUUCUGGCCAUAACCUUCGGCCGUCCAGCUUUGAUCCCGAAAUGGCUGUCCGCCGUGGUUCCGCUGCCCAGCAUGAUCGACGACGAGUCUCUGGAUCUUCAAGUCGAGGGGUCCUCGAUUCGACCGGACAACGAGCCUUGUAUUAUGGAGUUCUACGUGUCCCAGCUCAGACUGCACGACAUCAUGGACAACAUCCUCCUCAAGCUCUACAUGGACUACAACGGACGGCAACACCCCGACGACGUUGUCACCGUGUUCAAGCUUGACGAGGACCUCAUGAACUGGACCCGCGGUCUGUCGGAUGAACUCCAACUGGACGCGCCGUUGAAGCAUCGAGAGUCUGUUCGUCACCGGUUGGCGGUUGUCAACCGAGUUCGCUUUUUCCACGCACGCAUCUUGCUUCGGCCGAUUCUGGCUCAGUUCUGCCUGUCCCAUCACGCCGUCAAGCCGAUCGAAAGUCUAGCCAGCCGAAUGGACAUCCAAUGCUCGUGUCUCUGUCUUGAAACGGCCCAUCGAUCCAUCGAUCUGAUCUACUCUCACCUGAACCAGGACACCGUAUUUGGACCCGUGCCAGCCUGGUGGUAUUCCGUGCUCUGCGUCUACACAGCCGCCACAGUCCUGCUGGCCGAGCGCAUCCGCCCGGAAAUCGGCACUACUAUCGCGCAAUACUCCAACGCCGUCUCCUGGCGCCGCGCCAUUCAAAUUCUCAAAGCGUACUCGCGCAUCCGCACCUCCGCCAAGCGAUGCGUCGCUGCGCUUGAGAUCUUAUCGGCUAAGAUUCCUGGCGCCUCUCACUCUGCUGAGUUACCUCAGGCCGACGAUGCUGAUACCCCCGUGUGUGGUCCGGCCCCGGCAGCCUCGUUUUCGUUUCCUGAUAGCGACUUGUUUAGUCGGGUUGAUCUUGAUGGCAUCUUUUCGGAUUUGGAUGAUAUGGGUUGA